CCCUCUGCCGAAUUGGACAGAGAAGCAAACAUUAGGGGUUCGGCUCUGAGGAAGAGGAAGAAGAAGAAGAGUGGUUGGUGCUUAUUCGCCGUUAAUCCUUCCCUUUAAUGGCGACGACUCUUUCUUCCUUCUCUCUUUCUCUUCCUCCACUUGCCCGUAAACCCUCGAACCCUUCUUCUCUCUGCCUCUUCGCUGUUCCUCGAUUCGAUUUCUCCAGAAAAAAUCGAAGUCUCAUUCUCACUGCCGCUGCUUCUCCUUCUUCGGAUCAUUUCAGCAGUAAUCGCGACGAUGGCUUCUCUCUCGACGAUUUCGCUCUCAAUUCAGAUUCUCGGUCACCUAACCCCUCCAAGAAAUGCUUACUUAUAGACCUUAUCCAAGAGAUAGAACCAUUAGACGUGAGCCUUAUCCAAAAGGAUGUUCCGCCCACUACUUUGGAUGCCAUGAAAAGAACAAUCUCGGGCAUGUUGGGUCUGCUUCCGUCCGACAGGUUUCAGGUUCAUAUCGACUCGCUUUGGGAGCCUUUGUCGAAGCUACUGGUUUCAUCUAUGAUGACUGGGUACACAUUGCGAAAUGCUGAAUAUAGGCUUUUCCUCGAAAAAAACCUUGACAUGAAUGGUGGAAAUUCAGAAAACCAAACUUCAGAAAAUGCUGAAUACGAUUUCAAAGGGAUAUCGCUCGAUGAUGCAGAAACAAGUGAACAAUUGAUAAAGAACCUUCCUGAGACGAUUGAUAAAGAAGGUCUUGGUAGAAUUCCUCCCGAAGCUCAACAGUAUAUUUUGCGUCUGCAGUCGCAGUUGUCUUCUGUGAAAAAGGAACUCCAAGAGACCAAGAGAAAGAACGCUGCCCUUCAAAUGCAGCAGUUUGUCGGGGAAGAAAAGAACGAUUUGCUUGACUACCUGAGAUCUUUACAACCCGAAAAGGUGGCUGAGUUAUCGGAACCUACGUCUCCCGAAGUAAAAGAGACGAUCCACUGUGUUGUCCACGGCCUUCUUGCAACGCUCUCGCCUAAGAUGCAUUCUAAGUUGCCGGAAUCAGAGGGCCCACCCGCUGAAACGGUGAAAGCUAAGAGCGACGAAGACUGUGCUGAACUUGUUGAGAACACCUCUAUUCAGUUCCAGCCUCUCAUCUCGUUAACCCGUGACUAUCUCGCCCGCCUUCUCUUCUGGUGCAUGCUGUUAGGACACUAUCUUAGAGGUUUGGAAUACCGGAUGGAACUGAUGGAGGUUUUGUCGUUGGCAAGUGACACAAAUGGGUCCGACGUCGUUUGAAGCUUAUAUAUAUACACAUCUCGCGAACUUGUCACCAGUGUUAUCAAUUGCGUUUGGCGGUACUCGAUCUUCUCGAGGGAAAGAUGGAUCUGCAAUCGAUAAUCGAUCACGAGCUUAGCAGCGCCUGUGCAAGUGCUUCUCGGACAGAACUGCCUAAUCAUGUCCCAUGUAAAGUUACAACUUAAGAAUGACGAUGCUAAAAUUACUGUCUUUAUUUUGUUUUGAGUUUGGGUUUUGGACCGUAUGAGCAAUAAAAGGAAAGUGUAACUGUGCUGUCAA